AUGGAUUCCCUCUACCCUGGCAAUACUGAAGGCCCGCCAUGGGCACAAACCGUGAUCGAAUUCUCUAUCAUGGGCUUGUCAAGGAGAAAGAACCAAUACCCCAUGCCUACUCUGGAGGCAGAAGGUGAAAGGGUCAUUGCAAGUCACGUAGUCAUGCAUACAGAUUCCAUGUCUAGUUCCCUCCGGACCUUUCUCAGGAUGCAGCUGUGGUUCCUCUUGUUCUGCUCAGCCGUCGUGCUUAUGGCUUGCUGUCAUCACGCAGAAGCACAGGAGCCACCAUGUUUCGUCACUGGCGAAGGUGUUCUUCCUAAUGUUACGUGCUCCCCCUCGGCGAGCCUCCAGGAGAUGGAAGAUUUUCUGAAGCAGCUCAGCAGCUCCAACGGCGUCACGGAAUACUACAAAUUCGGUUUGUACGACAACCAGGUGGUCCAGCACCUCUCCGCGGGUCUCCUCGCCGACCUCCAGUUCUCCGUGAUCGAGGUAAUGUCGUGCCCCAACCUGACGAAGGUCGACGACUUCCUGGGGGCCUCCAGCGCGUCUCUCAAGAACCUUUCGAUGCACUACAACUCGCUGACCGAAGUGCCUCAGCUGACUGCUCCAGCUCUCCAGAAUCUGUGGUUUUACCAGACUGAUACUCGGGUUGUGGUGCAGAGGUCAGCCCUGCAAGGAAUGCCCAGCAUUGAGGAAAUCAAGCUCGAAAGCGCCUCCGUGAUGCCUCUCGCCUUCUACGACCUCAAGCACCUGAAGAACCUCUACGUGUACGGCCUGGUGGCGGAUCCUCUUCUCCUCGCUGGCUCCUUCCACUUCAGCUCCCCGGCGCUCUCCCAAGUCUUCCUCGCCAGUGGACACGGUUUCACGGGCGAGGCGGAAGCGGGGACUUAUGACGGUUUUCCCAGCGGCUCUCGGCUCUGGAUCCAAAAGACGCUGAAAUUCUCCGCAGACUUGUUCUACAACUUGCUGAGUCGCGGCGUAUCUGUUGAGUCACCCGAGCCUGUGAAAUGCGAUUGCCACGUUGCCUGGAUUCGCCUGUCAACUUUCCUGCCACAGGCGAAGGUGAGGUGCCAAUCCAACAUGUGGCCAAUUGAUCUAUCAGACAUCGACGGGGCCAGCUUCAUGGAUUGUGGGAGCAUCUGCAGUGCUUGAGUGGCACUUGAGGCGAACAUUUUUUGGGGCUAUUUAAAUAUUGGAUUUUCACAUGAAAGUUUCUGUUUAAUAUUAUUUUAUUAUCCUUGUU